GGAGGCGUCAUUACUAGGAAUUGACUCGCUUCUUGUCAAACUUACACGCGUGUCGCUGUGCAGUUUUCGUAUAAUAGCGAAUAGGAUUACGUCAGGGCAUAUAAACGACAUUCAAAUGGUGAUAUUGAAAGUAAUCCUUUUACAAGCAAGCACCUACUGUCACUACUGACCUAGAUCUAGAUCUAAAUACAUGUUAUUAUAUAAUUAUAGUUCUAAUCAUGAGGAUGUAAAAACAUCUUUUUAGCUUGCCAUUAAAUACAGAUAUAGAAAAUCUGGGUCUAAAUAUAUAUAGAUCUAGAUGUUUAAAUCAUAUCAAGAAUCUAUGCUAGAGUGACUAGAGACAAUUUGAAUGUGACUCUACUGUCACUACUGUGUAAUAGAAGCACUCACUCUGUGUCAGCCAACACUGUAAACAUGGUCUGAGCGGCACGGACUGGCUAUAUGGGCAACUGUGCAAAUGCCUUGUGGGCCGAUGCCGGGCUGGUGAGGCUGCCAAGCGGUCCACUUUGUCAAGACAAACUAUCAGCUCUUGAGCAAUAUUCCUCUGCAAAAGACACAAAGCAAACCGAAAAGAUGAACGCUUCAGACUGGGAAAAGCUUCAGAGGAAUUGGAAAGAGCUGCUUGAAAUAAAUCCUGUAUGUCACAUAAUAAAUCAUCUUUAUCAGGAGGAUGUCAUUACUAUUAGUGAAAAGAAGUCCAUUGAAAAGCUGAAAGUCUUUGAUAAGGAAAUGCGAAAGUUGUUGCACUUGUUGAAAGAGAAACCAGAGAAAUGCAAAGCUUUCAAACAUUUUUUAGAUGCCUUAAAAGCGGAUCCUGUGGAUAAACUGAUAGCAGAUAAAAUAUUGGAAACUGAAUCCAAAUCUGAUCCAUCUCUCAAAACUAAACCUAACCCUGAUCUACUGGACAAUGAUGUGAGAACAAUCUUACAUGACAACUACGCUAACAUGACUGGCAAUUCGAUUCCAUUGUCUGAAGUCAGAGACCUUCUGAAGGUAAAGAAAGUAUUCACGGGACAAGAUGAGUGGAGCAACAUAAAACUCAUUGAGUUCAUUAAAGAAACAUACACCAACAUUGAAGAGAAAAAAGAGAAAGUUGGACAUUACAAAAAGCCAAUCACACUUCUGAGGAACAUUGGUCGAAUAAGCGCAAGCGUUCAAGAAGAAAAAACUGCAGAGCUAGAGUCUAAUAUAUCCACAGGUGAGAGCGGUGAAACUAAAGAGGUUAAAGAUAUGUCCAGUCCUGAACUGACAGCCUAUCUGGCAUUUCAUCUAGGGAAAGAUGGGCCUAACAAUGUCAAUCUAGAGUUCUUACAAAAACAAGAUGUAACUGGCAAAGUGUUUCUUUCCAUGACAGAAGAGGACUUUGAUAAACUACUUCCGGAAGCCACGUUCGGCGCAAGGCGAUCCCUGUCUAUGCUAGUUGCAGAACUGACACACAAGACAGAUUCCUACCCAGCAUUUUUACGUCACUUUGAUUGCGAAGUCACACAUACAGAUAAAUACACCAUAGGACACUGCGCCGACGUCUCUGUGAAUAUAAGAAGCAGAAAGACACACCCUGUGAGAAACUUUCAUCUCAUUGAUGAAUCUGACAAAAACAUGGCUCUGGAAUACAUCGCCGUCGAGACCAUUCCUUUUGUUUCAGCAUGUCUAAAUGACAGACGAAACGGCACAAUAUAUUUCGGGAUUAGCCCAAACAGUCAAAAUACGUUGAAAGAAGGGGAAAUAGUCGGUGUCUCUAUACCCAAAGAGGAAGUCCAGGCAAGAAUACGAGACGCCAUCAAAAGUUCUUUUACUGAAAUCCAAAAAAAUAUUCUGCAAAAUACUGUAAGAGACGCUGUCUUCGUGCCUGUCAUCGGCGCAGAGAAAAACAGAUUCGUUGUUGAAGUAGAUGUUGUGCCGUCUACAGUUGUUCUAGAAAAGGAUAUCAUCAGAACUAAAGAGCACAGUCUGCCAGAGCGUUUCUUGAGAAAUCAUAAAGGGAAGGAUUCUGUUGUGUUUAAAUUUUCAGAAGACGGCUUUCCGAAGAUUAUUUCCUCAGAAGAACUUUGUCAAUUCGAAAAAGUGCAACAACCCAGGAUUGUUGAGCAAAGAAAACAGGAGGAGCAAUGCCAAACUAAUACUGAAACUGGGCCAACUUUAAGAACAAAAUUGUUAAACCUUCUAACCGGUGGCUCUGAGGUCAUCCAGGAUACCAUUUAUCCGUUUUUAAUGACCAGCCCUCUGGACGAUCACAUGACCCAAGAAUUUUUAAAAGACAGGAUCGCAUUUAUAAAAUACUUAAAACCACACAUCGUUUUUGACUUCGAUGUAAAUGGGUCAAAUGCUGGCUUGCUCAAAAGUCUAGAAGAUCACCACAAGGAAAGCCCAAGAAUUCUUACAACUAAUGAUUUUGAUGAAAGGAUGACAAAGCCAGAGGCUUACAAAGAGCUAGAAAUCAGUUUGAGGGGAGAAGAAAAACAAUCUUGGAUGUUUUGUAACGGCUGUCAAAAUGUAUCUAUUUCUGAACUGAACCCCCUAGAAUGGAACAAAGAAAGGAGCAGUGCGUUCCAAAAAGCACUAAAGUGUUUUAUGGAUAUUUUUGAAAAGGAAAGAAUACUAAUUAUAAUAUGUUUAUUUUCUAAAAACUAUACGACGAUGAUUGAAGCCUGUGACGAGGUUCUUAGGAAACUUCCACUUAACUGGAUUGUUUUGGCAGAAAAGGAAGACAUUGCUAAACUUUGGCAAGAUCAAAUGCUAACAAGGAACAAAGCGCAACCUGCUGAUGUAAUCGGCAAGUGUGUCUUAGGGCUACCCUGGGAGCAGGUGAACUCUCUAGUUUGUCAUGCAGCCAACUAUGAUAUCAUUCAUGACUGUAAUAUUCCAAGCUCAACAGGCGUCUACGUGGAUGUCAGCGAAAUCGAUAUUACAAACUGGUCUGACAUUUUCAUUCUGCCGUCCAACAACUUUGAUAUAAAUAUCCCACCUGAGGAGAAAGAAACGCUUGUAAAGCAGGUUGAAGAAAAGUUUUACAGAGGUGAUGAAGUAGACUGGUUAAACUUUUACUUCAAAGACCAUGUCCUUAGAAGAGAUAUUCAGUCUACACUGCUGGAUAAUGUUCGCAGAGCGCUUGAAGGUAGAAUACGGGAGGAGCAGGAGAAAGUCAGUGUCAUCUCCAUUCUUCAUCAGCCUGGUGCCGGUGGUACCACGUCGGCUAAACAAAUCUUAUGGGAUCUCAGAAACGAGUAUAGGUGUUGUUUGGUGAAGAGAAUUACUAACGAAACCUGUGAACAAAUUGACGAGUUUCGAUUUUUCAAAGAUCAGCGUCCGAAGCCUAUCUUAGUACUGAUUGAUAAUGAAGAGAAAUUUGAGUAUUUGAAAGAUCGUUUAGAAGAGAAAGCCAGAGAAAGACAUCGUUCUGAAGGGGAAUCUUUCCACGUCUAUUGUACAAUCAUUGCGUGCACACGAAGGGCUUCACUGCCAAUGCAGUUGAAAAUUAAUCAGGUAGCUUUACGGCAAGAGCUAACAUCCAAUGAAUUGGAGUGGUUUAAAGACAGACACCGAACAUUGGUGAAAAGAUUUCAGAACAACAAAGAUGACAAUGUUAAUCCUGAAUUUCUGAUUGCCUUUAACAUAUUAAGGCAAAAUUUUAAUAAAGAAUACGUCUCUAAAGUAGUGAAAGCAUUUUCUGAAGACAUUCGUAGUGACCAUGAGAUUCGUCUGCUGAAAUUCGUCUCUUUGUUAAACACAUUUGAUCCUGAUUUCAAGGCUAUUCCCGUGUCAUGCUUUGACAGAUUUUUCAGCACCAGCUCUAGUGACUAUCUCGGCUUGCAACAAGGAGCAAGAAUCAUGAACUGGGAGACGAAGCUUAGCCAAGGCAUCAAAGUCUUAUUAAAUUUGUCAUCGAAUAAAAAACUUACCAACAGAUAUUCUCAAAAUCUGAAAGUGUUUUGUAAGAUCAUCGCGCAUGAGAUUUUAUUCCGAAUGAAAGAGAGAACACAACAAAAGGACAGUGAAAUAAUGAUUGAACUUUUAAGAUAUGACAUUUUCCAACAAACUACUGCCGAUUAUAAUAUACUUAAGGCAAUCAUUAACAACAUUUUUAAAAAACGUGAAACAAAGAAAAACGGUAUCGUUCGGCGAAAAUUUUCAGAUUUCAUUCUUCAUAUUGAAUCUACUGAGACUGCUGAAACUGUUUCAGAACUAAUAGAAUUACUUUUCGAUAACAACAGUGAUCCCUAUACUGCGCAGCUGCUUGCACGGUAUUACAUACGGGUGAAGAAAUGGUCAAAGGCUGAAGACUAUGCUAAAUGCGCAACAGAGAGACUUCCUGAAAAUUCAUUUUUUUGGGAUACAUAUGGUCAGGUGUUUAAGGGACAGCUUUAUGAAAAGUUAUCAUCAGAAAGAAAUGUACAGGACAGUUCAAAGUUCAAUGAACGUAAAAUUAGUGAGCUCCUCAUUCUGACCCAUAAAUGUUUAAUGGCUUUCAGAAAAAGUCAGGAAGUUUGUGAAUGUGAAGCAUCCACCAAUGAAGGGAGCAAUCUGGUGGCUUAUUUUGGAGAGCUGAGAGCCAUUGUAUUGCUCUUAAACGCGCUUGAGUUAUCCUCCCAAUUCCAAAAUACUGACGUAUUGCACAGAUAUUUAGUCGACAAAUCAUACAGACCGCCCGAACUUUCAUUCCUUCGCCAUGAUGAAGCAGAGUUUCUAAAAAGUCUUGAUAGUUUUUCUAGAGAAGCGAUGCGUAGACUUGAUGACGAGUUUCUUCAGAUGAAAGGAAAAGUGAAUUACUCCACAGAGCAACAGGAGAGUGACAGAAAAACUCUAAUCGAGCUGAAAGCAAGUCUUGAUGUCUACUUUGGAGAAAUGAAUGUUCUAGUUCCAAAAUACACCAAUGAAAGAUAUAGCUGUGAUUACAGAUUAAGAUUGGCCAGACGGCUUGGAGCAUCCUCUCUUAAUUCUUUGCUAGAAAUUAAAAAAGAAGGCAAAAAAGAAACAUUGAUUCAAAUAUUUAAUUUAUUGAAAGAAAACAUCACAUCGGAUCAAAGAAAUUUCGACGAUCUACGGAGUAUGCUUGAUAUUGUAACCGUAUGUCUGUUGGAUCAAAUUAAGAUUUCUGGUUUAACUUAUAACCAUAUUUUAGAAUGGAGCAAGGAAAUGUAUAUUCUCGGUAAACAGAAACACUCUAGCAACAGGUCCCAAUUAGAACUGUAUCUCUACUAUGUUCUCUAUAAUUUCCCCACCAUAGAACGCUCAUCUUUCAGCUUGUGCAUGGAAGUAGACCUGUUAAAUGCCAUUGAAGAAUGGAAAAGAGCUUUCAAAAAGAAUUACCCGAAAUCUGCCUGGUUUCACAAAAGAAGGGAGACUACUCUCUUUUUUCUAGGUAAUGGCCAGCCCUUGUGUGACGUACUUUUCUUUGACAAAACAGACGUCAUAGAGAUGUACACAAUUCACGAAAAAUGGCAGCACCCUCAGUUCAGAAAUAAUCUCAGAAUACUUAAUGGCAUUUUGGAAGAAGGCGGUCACGAGAUUAAAGUCCAAAUCCAGACACCAGGAAAAUCUGGCUUAACAGUUAAUAUCCCUACUGCAUAUCCAGUGCUCAAGAACACAAUGUUUAAAAGACUUGUUUAUUUUUAUAUAGGCUUUAGUUUUUCUGGUCCAAAAGCUUUUGGCAUGUGCCAAAGGAAACCCCAGAGCUGUGAGUUACUUCCUGUACCAACUAAAACAGUGAGAGUUACCUCUCCAAGGGCAGAACCGGAACCACUCGGUCAGCUGAUACUUAAAUUGAAAACAGUCUUGGAUCAACUGAAAAAUACAGAGUUGGCUGAAAAUGUUAAAAUCAAACUGGAGAAAGAGCAAGAGGAGUUGAGUCGAAGAAUAAAAAGCAUUAUAGGAGAUUGAACCAAUACUACCUGCAACUGUCAAUAAUAGAAUUCUAAUAUGAACAAUAUUGUUUUUUUAGUAGCGCUAUAUAAAAGCUAUAAUUUAUUCAUUUAUUUAUGAAUUCCACAAAAUCAAAGAUUUUUAUUUUAUUUUAUGACAUUCAAACGGGCUGUCUUGUUGUGCGUUAUGCGCGCCUUUCUUGCUGACAUUCCCCGUGCUGUUGACGGCCGUUGACUGUUUGUACUAAGAUACUGGCAGACGACUAAACCGACGUAGGCGUAAUAUAUCUUAACUAAUAAAACUUGGAAAUAACUUGAAUAACUAUUUUUGUGAACAAUACCAAAUAUAACUUUUAUUAAAAUAUAGACAAAAUCAAAUUGUGAUGAAACGAAACAAAUCUAGUAGACUCUAAGUAAUAAUAUAAAAUGGUAUUUUAAACAAAACCUAACCACUACAGUAACACAUCUUGCCAGUCUCACGUUCUGGAGUCGUCUCCCCUAAUUAAACAGCUGGCGACAAUGCCACAUUUCCGCAGCAUUCAGAGCCAAUCGCUAACUCCUUCCCGUCGACACCAUAGAAACAUACACACACACACUCCAUAACACCCCGUCGUCCUACGAGAGGGUUGGGCUAGGGUGUGGAAUAUCUUCAAUUCCGAAGCAACUUCUGAAUUUUGUAUUUACUUUUUUUAAAAAAAAUUACAUUUAUUUUGUUGUUUAGUGUUACUUGCAAUGUAACAGUUUGCAUGGACCAGACAACAGAUUCUAAGACAUAUCUAUUAUUUUUUUUUGAGGGGGAGGGGAGAGAGGAAGGGGGCGUAAAGGUAAAGCUUUAAAAUCCUAAACAGAAAUCCUGGCAUUUUAUAUGUAUGUAUAUAUUUUACAUUUACAUUUUUAGAAGACACAAUGUAGAAAUUGUAUAUUAAUCAUUAAAGUUAUAUAUGUAUAUAUUGUUUUACCGACUCAGAAAAAAAAAUCAAUACCUACAAGCAGUGGCGUUACUAGGGUGGGUGUCACCCGGUGCGGACCCCACCCCACCCCCUAGUGACGCCACUGCCUACAAGUUAUAAUUAGAAAAGACCAAGCCGAUGAAAUUAUUAUAUGUUGAUAAUUUAUCCUUUCAUUUUUUUUUCUACAUUCAAACAUUGUUAGUUUAAUCAUUUUUAUUGUGUUUGUAAAUUAUUUGUUAAUUAUGUUGAAUAUUGUAAUCAUGAAAUGAUGACAGUUUAAUUCAGUGUUAAGAAUCAAAAACCUUUAGUAUGAAAAUGGAACAAUGCAAUUGUUUUUAUGCAACUGUUUUUCAUUAUUGGGCCUACUUUUGGCUUCAAUUUAUUUUAUUCGGUAAUUUGAUUGUAUAGUAUAUUUUUGAAAUAUUUUAUAUUUGUUAUUUAUAUUAUUUUUAUUGUCAAUAUAUAUCAUUAUGAAUAUUGAGAAAGUACACGUUUUACAAAGUUAAUAUCUAAUAAUUAAAGCAAGUAUUAAUACUG